CGUUGUUCUCUAAUCAUAACCUUAAAUAAGACAUACAUUCUUAAUAAUAAUAAAAUGAGUUUACUAACAAAAAAGAUAAUUCACUCUCCGAGACUGUCAAUCCAAGUGGCUCGUUGCAUUCACUUGACUGCACCGAUGGAGAAAACCCAGUCAGGCAAAUACAAAGUCACGAAACGACGGGACUUCCCCUUAACUUACGAAAUGGCCAAUCCGCCAUUUCACAUCGCUCACCGUAAGGCUUGGAACUCUUGGAAUACAUCAAAUCUGGAGGGCGGUUUGAGACCUUCAGAAACGGCGGUCGAGGAUGAGUUCAUUAGAAAAUUUGUAAUGGGAACGUGGCAAGGACUGUUUUUGACAGAAAUUAUUAUUAAACGACAACAUAACAUUAUUAGGAUAGCCGGCAUUAUUCAGAGGGCAAUCGGCGCCCGGAAAAUGUACUUUCUGAUCGGGUAUACUGAAGAGUUGUUAAGUUUUUGGUUGCAGUGCCCCGUGAAACUUGAACUGCAGACCGUAGCCGAUAAAAAAGAUGUUAUUUUUAAGUAUAUUUAAGUGAAAAUUAAUAAA